CAACAAAGGAUUCACCCCUCCCAAGUCUGGAUGGCAUUGUAGGACUUCUUUGCUCAUGGCUGGGUGUACAAUGAAAAUGACCGCGAUCAACAAAGAUUGUCAAUGGCGCUCGGCUACCACAGACACAAAGGUUGCUGUUCCUCGCAAAUAGAGGACGCGUCCAAUACUCCUUACCAGAAGAGCUUGCCACUUCACUUACACAAGCAAUAGCCCCGGUUGAAGACAAUCAUCAUAGCACGAUGUAUGUUCAAAUAUUACGGCCUCAAUACGAGGCGCUGCAAGCCUCGGCUGAACAGAUCGAAACCAAUCGCUUCCAUUCUGGCGAGUACUGGAAUCACUUUACCGCUCAAGCUCGACAUGCUGUUACCUGGCGUGACCAAACUAAAAUAUUGAUCAAUCAUCUCCUUUCGCAUCGAGACCGCCUGUCCUCCUACGGCUGCUGUCCCCGCGACUCCUGGCUCGUUGGGUGGGCGCUUUCCGAGAGUCAGCACCCGCUACGCCAAUUCGUGGUAUGGUCACUCCAUUAUUCACAGGUGCCAGAGGACGACGUAACAAUUGAAGAUUUUGCCAAUCACCUUGAAGUAUGGGCCGAUGUCUUUUUGAGCGAAGAAGCCUUGUACUAUGCGCUGGCGAACCCUGACCGACCGUUCUUCAUCACGCAGGUAAGUGGUGGUGCGCCAUGGAUGGCACAUUUUCUUGAUUCACAGCCCAUGCACAGAGAAUGGGCUACGGCCACAUGGAAGAGACUUUGGCUCAACUAUAACACGGUACGGCGAGAGACCGAUAAGGAUGUCAUGGAUUGGGAGUAUUGUUAAAACAAAGGUAGGUCUUCGUUGGCAAGGUAGGUUGAGGUGAGAUUUUUCUCAACUGCACGAAGAUGAGAGCCAUCAACUGCAAUGAUACCUUCCAUUCGUCAACCAUCUUUAAUCGUGUCCUUCUCGUACACGCAGUUUCAUCCUUGCUUUCACACCUAGCGGAUAGUUUGAGUCGGUCGCUCCAUUACAAGUGGCCGAGUACGUAGUCACCGGCAAAGACGAUUGAUGUAUGCCUCCAUCAAACUCAUUGUUGCAGUGUUAGGUUCUUUACUGACCGUUAAAUAACGCGUAAUAAACCUCCAUUGAUUUCCUGUGUAUUUUUGAUGUUUUCCGGUUCUUUACAGGUGGGACCCGAUGUGCAGGUACUAGUAAUUAUAGUGUGGUUUCAUAUGCC